AAAAAUAAUCAGGGAUGAAGUCAUAAAGAUAGAUUUAGAUGGUUCAAAUAAAUAAAUUGCAGCUACGAAAAACAAAACAUUCACAUUCAGGGACAUAGUAAUGAUAGACACUUAAAUAAUUUACUCAUUCAUUUUUAUAAAUACAAUUGCUCUAGAAAGAAAAUCCUUUGUUUUGUGAUUGUUUGUGAUAUUUACAUGUUUUUUCUGUUUUAAUGAUAUGGAUUAAUUAACAAAGAAUACAUAAAAUUCUUGAUAUUAUAAGCAGUUAUAACAAGAGGAAACACAAUGAUUACUUCUUUAAAUUAUCUCACAUUUAUCAAAGUAAAAGUUUUAUUCCCAUUAAAUAAAACUCUGUAAUUAACUCUUAUCUCAUGCGCUGAUUGUGUCCUGCGUGCUUUUUAAAAGCACAGAUAAGUAAAGGAAUGAUCUUUGACCGCUCAGACAGUUAAUCAUUCAGCUCUGAAACAAAGAGAGGAAAAGAUUUUUUAAAAACUCAGCAGCAGCAGCUGAAGCUGUGAGGAGUUUGAUGAGCUGCAGAGAGACAACAUGGCUGCCAAACAACCCGGUGAAGACGGGCGCUCCGAGGACCAGCGGGGGGGAUUCCUGGUGAGGCUCAGGGAGUUCAAACCAAAGGAGGUUUUCACUUGGCAGCUCGCCAAAACGCUGGCGAUGGGUCAGGGUCUGGCCGGGCUCAUCUGUGGUACCGCGGUCUCCUCUCAGUACCUGGCCGCAGAGUUUCAGCUGAACACGCCGAUGCUGCAGAGCUUCCUGAACUACACGCUGCUGUGCGCCACCUACACCAGCAUGAUGAUCUGCAGGAGAGGGGAUGGAAAUAUCUUGCAGAUCCUUAAGAGAAGAUGGUGGAGGUACUUACUGCUGGGUCUGGUGGAUGUGGAGGCCAACUACACCGUGGUCAAAGCCUAUCAGUACACCACCCUCACCAGCGUCCAGUUGCUGGACUGCUUUAUUAUCCCGGUCCUAAUGAUUCUGUCCUGGUGGAUCCUGAAGACCCGGUACAGACUGACCCACUAUGUGGCCGUCUGCCUCUGUCUGCUGGGAGUCGGGGCCAUGGUGGGCGCCGACCUGCUGGCUGGAAGAGACCAGGGCUCCACCUCCAACAUCUUAUUAGGAGACGGUUUGGUUCUGCUCAGUGCUGCUUUGUACGCGGUGUCCAAUGUGUCUCAGGAGUACACAGUAAAGAACCUGAGCAGAGUGGAGUUCCUGGGGAUGAUUGGCCUGUUUGGGACCAUCAUUAGCACCGUCCAGAUGGUCAUCCUGGAGCGUAAUGAGUUGUCCAAUAUUAUCUGGAGCUGGCAAGUUGGGCUUCUGCUUGCUGCAUAUGCUCUGUGCAUGUACGCUCUGUACAGCUUCAUGCCCAUAGUGAUGAAGAUGAGCAGCGCCACCUCCGUCAAUCUCUCACUGCUCACUGCCGACCUCUUCAGCCUCUUCUGCGGGAUCUUCCUCUUCCAGUACAACUUCUCUGGACUCUACCUGAUCUCUCUUGUGGUCAUCCUCCUCGGCUUCAUCGUCUUCAAUGCUGUGCCGACGCCCACUGCCACCGCCACCUCUUCUUCCUCUUCCUCAAUCUGCGAGGAAGGCUGCUAUGAGAAUCCUGGAGCGACUGAGGAUGCCUCCAACAGAGAUGAAGAUCCAGGAAGGAUCCCCGCUGAGGUGGAGGAGGAGGAUGAAGAGCGGCGAGCGGAUAAAACAGAUUCAUCACGAAGCUUUAGAGAGGAAACUGAUGGAGAUCGUACUGUUGAACGCAGCACAAAAAUGUGAACAGCUCAAGAGAGUGUUUUUACACAUUUAUUUAUUGAGUUUUCAUUCGUGUCGGUGUGCACUAAACCUCGUUUGGUCCCUGAGAAUAAUUAAAUCAGAGCAGAAAAAUAAUGGCUGCCUACAAAAUAUUGGUAGUUCUUAAAAACAAAAAACAGAAAAGAAUUUGACCCAGAAAUGUAUACAUUUUCAUAAGACAGUUUGCACCAAUAAGGUUUUGGGUUCAACUUUUUCUGCAUGUUUGCAUU